CACCUAAUGUGGCUCCUUCAGAUGUAGGAGGUGGAGGAGGAAGCAACAGAGAGCUGACCAUCACAUGGGCGCCUUUGUCAAGAGAAUACCACUAUGGCAACAAUUUCGGUUACGUAGUGGCAUUUAAGCCAUUUGAUGGGGAAGAAUGGAAAAAAGUUACGGUUACUAAUCCAGAUAUUGGACGAUAUGUCCAUAAAGAUGAGACCAUGCGGCCUUUCACUGCAUUUCAAGUCAAAGUCAAGGCCUUCAACAAUAAAGGAGAUGGACCAUACAGCCUCAUAGCCGUCAUUAAUUCAGCGCAAGACG